AUGAAAGCAAGGCGCUCAGUUCUGGGAUCAUUCGUGAAAGUUAGGAACCAGUAUGGGAACUUACAGCUGAAGCCUCCUCUGUUUCUUCGCCACAGCUCCUCCUCCCACUCACGCGAGUCGCAUCCCGUGAUGUCCAACAAGGUCGUCCAGAACCCUUCGUCUCUCGCCGCCCCGGAGUCCACAGGUACCCUCACGGCUACCGUAGAGGAUGCUGCUGUGGUCGUCGAAUAUCCGGAAGAACCUGUCGGCAUUCCAGCAGCACUAUUACCCUCGGAUGUCCCAGCUUUCAUGGAGGUUCACAUAGGGGACGAGAUCGGACCACAGGGUCGUUACGCAAUAGUACGCAAGUUGGGAUAUGGAUCGUUCUCAAGCGUUUGGCUCGCUCGCGAUGUGUCCCGACAGUCUGCAUCCUCUAAGUAUGUAGCUAUCAAGAUCCUCACAGGGCAGGCUACAAGGCUCGUUCAUACCGGGAUCAUUAGAGAGGCACGCGUUCUUCAAUAUAUCAAUCUUCGCUCCAAGUUCAGGCAUGGUGGGGACAAAUGCGUUAAGCUCUACGACACCUUCAUCUGUGAAACGGCAAGGAACGAUACUGGUCCACACCAAUGCUUAGUUACAGAAGUUCUUGGGAUGGAUCUCAAUCACUUCCGCGAUCAAUAUCCGGGGAGAGCUCUACCAUUGCCACUAUUGAAGCUUUUAUUGCAACAUCUUCUGACCAGCUUGGACUUCAUACAUUUCGGGUGUACAGUGACGCAUACGGAUUUGAAGCCCGACAACAUCAUGCUCGCCUCUCCGUUUUCGGAUGAGCAGAUCAUGCGAAUCCUGAAGGAGGACCCUCCUAAGUACUAUCCUCCGGUGUUAGUUUUAGGCCGCGAAGUGCGACCCAUAGUCAGCCAGCCAUUGCCAGCACUGCAAGUGCCCAUGGAUCAACUGGUUUUCAAGCUUGCCGACUUCGGCCACGCCCAGAUCUGCGAGGAGGAAGUGACGAACGAUAUCAGUCCUAGAGCGCUCCGUGCCCCGGAAGUUAUUUUGCAGUGCGGAUGGAACUUCAAGGUCGACGUGUGGGCCGUCGGAUGCCUGACGUUUGAGCUGUUGACUGGGUCACAGCUGUUUACCCCUGAAGACAACGCUGCCGAAGGCACCACUGCGGACGAUGAUCACCUGCUGCGCAUCAUGAAAAUCCAGGGAUGCCCGUUCCCCACGGAAUUUCUGGCUGAAUCCCAUAAUCGGGACCUAUUUCUGAAUGCGGACGGUACACUGAUUCGUAUACCCUCGAAGAGCGAUGCUAGGACGAUUGCUGAACGCAUACGCGACUCAAAGACUGUGGAGGACUCUCGCGAGCUAAUGAAUGCUGCAGCAUUCAUCGAGAGGUGUCUGCAGUACGUCCCUGAAGACAGGCCGGACCCCAUUGAACUCUUGGAGGAUCCGUGGCUCCAGGGAUGA